AUGGAUCACGCAGACAGAACCGAACAUGUGAGGCUAGCUCGGCAACUCAUCAUUCUGCAAUACGCGCAACGGCUGCCUCUUCGCUCGUCCAAGUUCUUGUGGCCGAACCGUAACUUGCUCUUCGAAGCACAGGCCUAUCUCGAUGACGAUCUCUUUGGAAACAGAGCGCUUCCAGGUGCUUCCAAGGCUUACGAAAAAUCCUUCUUGAAGAUCCUCCUCGAAAAGCUCCAGACUGCCGUCAACGAAGCCCAGUCGCAAGGGCGCGUCAGCGCAGAGGAUUCUGAAGUAGACGAGUCUUUGCUGGAGCGAUAUGCUUUAUUAAUGGCGACAGAUUUCAACCGGUCAGUUCACAGUCAUGGAGCCCCAGAGUCCUCGCAUACUUGCUACCUGUUUUCCUCUUCUUUGAAAAUUGCACAAAAUACAUCAGCCACUGAACAAGAGGGUGGACGUGGUGUUCUAUCAGGCUUUCAACCUAUCAUCUUGAGGGAGGAAGGCUCUUUCAUCUCAGAAGGGACCACGGGAUUGCAGACGUGGGAGGCAAGUCUACGCCUUGGCAGCCAUCUGCUUGCGAACAGACAAUGUAUCUUCUCGCAGGACACAAGGGUUCUUGAGCUUGGAGCCGGCGCUGGCUUCCUUGCCACACUGUGCUCCCAUUUGUUACCGACACAUGGAGAGGGUCGAGUCUUGGCCACUGACUGCGCGAGUAACGUGCUCGCACGGCUCAACGAGACAAGGCAUAGCAAUGGAAUUCCCGAGUCGCGCAUGCAGGUCCGCCCUCUAAACUGGCUGGAUUUGCUGCAUCCAGAUGAAUCGCAUGGAAAUAACGAAAGUGCAAAAUUAUUGCAAGACUUCUGUCCGACAAUCAUAUUGGCUGCCGAUGUCGUCUUCGACCCCACCCUUUUUCCCGCACUCGCAGCGGCUAUCUGCGCGGCGAUAGUGGCCGGCAGUGCGGAGCGAGACAACUGCCGACUUCCGACGGUUCUAAUUUCAAGCACCGUAAGGAACGCUGAAACAUACGAAGCCUUCUUGAAAGCCCUCCAAAACGCAAAUCUCAAACCCACACCCAUCCCCCUUAACACAGCGCCGACGCUUGUCUUUCCCGCCCGCCUUCUCGAAGGAUUUGCGCCCCACAACAUGCCACAGCAUGCGGAUAUGGUCCAUUACGGAUGCUUUCCAAGUGCGCAUGAUACCCAGCGCGAUGGGCGGGUCGAAUUGUUGCAAAUUACAUUGUGCAACUCGUAACAAAAGGCAUCGGAGUACUUAUGCACGCGCAUGGCCCCACUUCGCAGCCGAUUGCCGACCCUAACUACCACUAUGUACCACGCAUAGACCUUGUCUUUUUGGUGUUGGGAAUAUCUCCUAACAACCGAGUAAUUUGCUGUGUUGGACCUCAUACUUCAUCGUGAAUAAUGGAUAGUAAGAAGGCUUCAAGGGUCACGCGGUCGGAGAAUGAUGAACUUCGACUGUCACGCUUCUGAUCUCGUCGCAACAUCGUGGUCGUGCAAUC